AUGGCCAGCACACAUUCAAGGGUUUUGGUAAUCGGCGGUGGCAUCGCAGGCUGCGUUGCAGCAUGCCUGCUGAAGCAAAAAGGGUAUGAGCCCAUCAUCUUCGAAAAAGCCUCCAGACAAGGCGACGUGGGCGCGUCAAUGUUGAUUUGCCCAAAUGGGUCAAAGGUGCUGAGAAAGAUGGGCGGAGGUGUGGUUGAAAAGCUUCGAGAAACUGCGCCAGGGAUCGUGGAGCUCUGUGAUCACACAGCAGCGGGCGAGAUUCUCGGCGAAGUCUCACCCGUCCCGGCAGACUGGGGCAGGCGGUAUGGAUACCCUGCCAUUGGCGUCAAGAGGACAUUGUUUGCCAAAUGGGUUUUGGAUGCUGCCAUCGACCAAGGCAUCGAGGUACGAGCUGGAUGGGCCCUGGAAAGAAUCGAACAAGACGACACUUCUGUGACGGCCUUCUUCAACGACGGACGAUCUGAGAAGGGCGAGUUUCUCGUUGGCUGCGAUGGCCUCAAAUCCAAGACUAGGAGAUGGCUUCUGGCCAGUAAAGGCCUGGAGGACGGACAACCCAGCUUUACAGGUCUGGCGCAGAUUAGUGGUAUUUCACCCACACCAGUCCAGUGGCUUGAUCGGCCGGGAUUGCGCAACUGGUAUGGUGCCAGCCUUCACUUGGUCUGUUAUCCCAUCACCAUGGAGCACUCAUCCUGGGGCCUCACUCGUAACGACUCGACAGCUGAAGAGGCGUCGUGGGGCUUGUUUGACCAAGAACGUAGAGACAGGACCAGGGUAGAGCUAGAAGAGACCCUACGCGACCUCUCAUGGGACCCUGUUGUAGCCCAAAUGGUCGGCAAGGCACAACGGUUGAUCAAAUAUGGAAUUUACGACCGGCCAGAGCUCAAGCCGAGCGACUGGUACUUGGAUCGGUGCGUGUUGAUGGGUGAUGCGGUGCACCCCACCGCUGUUCACCUGGGACAGGGUGCAAACCAGGCUCUCGAGGACUGUUUCUAUCUGACGGCCGAACUACCAGACUGCGAUCCAGCAGCUGGGAUACCGACUGAAAAGUUGACACAAGCGUUUGGAAAAUAUGCCGAGAUGCGACAGCCACGCACGUCGGCCCUGGUAGAAGCGGCGCGGAGGCAAGGGGAACUCAGGGUUUCGCCGCCGGAAAAAUGUGCCGAGCGAAACGCGCUGAUUGCAAAACUUAUGACGGACCGCGCAGGGCUCGAGGCGACAUUUGACUCUCGCUUUGCGAUGCCGAUUUGA